CUCUCCCCUCCCACCCGAGGCCACCCCGGCUCCGGCCUCGGCCCAGGCCCCACCCCCCCAGCACGCUGCAGCGGGCGCUCAGACCAGCUGGAGCUCGCGGCGGCCCGGACUGGAAUGGGGGGUGGGGGAGGGCGGGGUAAGAGGUCAGUGCGAGGAAGGGCCACGCCGUCGACGACAACAGCCGAGGAGGAAGAGGAGGAGGAGGAAGAAAAAGAAGAGGAAGGAGAAAGGGCUCCGGCCAUCGAGGAGGACGAGGACGAAGACGAGGACGAGGGGGAGGAGCUGCAGACUUCCAGGCUUCCGCGGCUUCAGGUCGGCGGCAGGACGCUCCCCCGGGCUUGCCUGUCCCGCCAGCCCAGUAUGACGCCCUGGAGGCUGCUCCGCUGCUGCCAGUGGACCGCGGCCUGGGUGCCGGUGCUCUUCAUCGUCGUGGUCAUCUGCUGGUCCUACUACACCUUUGUGGUGGAGCUCUGCCUCUUUACUAUUGCUGCACAAGAAGAAGAAGGAAAGGCAGCUAUCUACCUUGUGAUUUUCCAUCUGUCGUUUGUCUUGUUUAUGUGGUCCUAUUGGAAGACAAUUUUUACACCUCCUGUUUGCCCCUCCAAAGAGUUCUUUUUAUCUCAGUCCGAUGAAGAACGUUAUGAAAAGGAAGAAAGACCUGAGGUACAACAAGAAAUUUUGAAAAGAGUAGCAAAAGAAUUACCUGUCUACACUAUGACUUCAACAAGAUUAAUCAGAUAUUGUGAAAAAUGUCAGCUGAUUAAACCUGAUCGAUGUCACCACUGCUCUGUAUGUAACAAAUGUGUUCUUAAGAUGGAUCAUCAUUGUCCUUGGGUGAAUAACUGUGUGGGAUUUUCUAACUACAAAUACUUCCUGCUGUUUUUAUUUUACUCCCUUUUGUAUUGUAUUCUGGUGACCACAACAGUUUUAGAAUAUUUUAUAAAAUUCUGGACGCUUUGCCGCAGGAAAUCUACAGAGAAUUGUCCAAAGACCAACCUAAGAAACACAAGGGCACAAUUCCACGUCCUUUUCCUUUUCUUUGUGGCUACUAUGUUUUUCAUUAGCAUCCUGUCGCUUUUCUGCUACCAUCUCUGGCUGGUUGGAAAAAACAGAACGACAAUAGAAGCAUUCCGUGCACCUGUAUUUCUAAAUGGGCCUGACAAAAAUGGUUUCUCUCUUGGAUGGAGUAAAAAUUGGAGACAAGUUUUUGGAGAUGAAAGAAAAUAUUGGUUAUUUCCCAUCUUUACCAGUUUAGGUGAUGGCAUUAAUUUUCCAACUCGUCUCAUGAUGGAUACAGAACAGGUUGCUGGCACAAACCACCAUGAACACACCAGGACUUCUGGAUCAACUCAAAGCUUUCCUGUUGGGCCACUUAGUGAAUCAAAAAAUUUCUUGUUGGCCACUGGAUCAGAACAAGAUGUCAGAUCAGGGAUAAAGAACCAGGUUGCAGUUUCAAUAGAAAGUUGAUGGUCUGUUAACAUUUGAAUGAGAGUAAGGUUUAUGCAACAUAUUCUGCUUGAAUUCUUUUUUAUUUUAUUUGGAAGAACUGAUCAGUGGAAUGAAACGAAUCAAAUAUUACAUAAGAUGUAUGAAAAUGAAGUCUCUGUACAGAUAAGUUGAUGCUCAUAAACAUUACUGCUGAGCAGGAAAUAAGACAGAUGCCUUAAGAACCUUAAAUGUGUGUUUAUGCAACACUGACUUAUCCUGCUCCAAAAGUGACUUGACUUUUUUUUAAAUAAUUACUUCAUAAAAUGCAAUACUAUGUUUUAUCAUACCAGAUGUUUAGCUUAGUGUAUAAUUUUCUAAAAGCAUGAAUAACAUCACAGUUAUCUUAGUAUAUAUAAAAACUGAUACUCCAGAAAAAACAAGCAAAUAGAAUUCUGAUAUAGGAAAUAGGUACAGGUACAGGUAUAGGCAGCUCUAUACAUGGUUGAAAUUCAUUAGUAAGAAUAGCAUUCCUCUUGAAGAUUUGUACUGUAUAUAAGGAGUCCAGUUACAGAGAAUUCUUGCUUUUUAUACUGGGCAUUUGCAAGUUUUUAAAUAGUUUUAUACUGUUAUAAUUUUUUUAAAAAGGCCUUUUUUAUUGGUGGUUGUGAAGUACCACUGAGAAGGAAUUCAAAUACCUGACUACAAUCAUUAAAUUUAGCCAACAUUCAUAGGUCCUAGUCAUAUGCCAUGCAGAGUAGCAUGUGACUGGGGCUCAAUGGAAACCUGGCAGUGUGGAGCUAAAAGGAUAUUUUAGCCUCAUUCUGCUUUUUGGAGAUAUUCAGGGGAUUUUGUACAAGCAGGGAAACUCUGAAGUACAUUUGCUGCAUGAAGAUUCUUAUGUCCUUUUAGUAAUAGGGGGAACACUUAGUGAAUAGAGGACCAAGGCAUAAGUAAAUUAGGGCAGGGCAGGGCAGUGACAUUUUCCCUAAAUUUUUUUAGAAUACAGUACAUUGAAAGUGUGUUUUAGUGUCAUUUAAAUUCCAUUUAAAGGAGAAAAUUAUUAAGGGAAAUUAUUCUGUUCCAUUAAUGAAAUGGAAACUGGCUGACCUCAGGAAAUAGAGAAUAUAAAUUGUGUAGUACAUUACCAGUUCAACACAAUAUUCCCCACUUCCUAAGAAAUGAAAUCUAGUUUUGAAUGUUGUUUGAAUAAAAACAUUUUAGGGGAGGAAGUAUGUGUUUUAAAAUCUAAGAACAUACAGGUUGUGGGUUAAUCUUCAUUAAUAUACAACAUGUAUUUGUUAAAUGGAAAUAGCAUAGGAAUAGUUUCUGCUGUUUUUCAAGGUUUAGAAUCUGAAGUACUCCCUCUGCUCCUGAGUCAAAACUAACUCAGUCUUUCUGGUAAUGAAUGUUUUAAAAAUUAAGCCUCAAUUUAUUUAAACAUAGGUGUUAGAAAGUUAUCUCACACACCACCUCCCUCUCCAGAAAAAUAGAGCCUACAUAUGUUGUUUGGUAAAUGCUUCCAAAAUGACUUAACCAGUUCAAGCAUUAAUAUUUAUUUAACUCCAUAUUUUAGCACUAAUAGUGAACAUUCUGGCCUUACUUUUCAGAUGACUUACCUUAUUUUAAAAUUAUUGAACUAAUAAUCAGCUUUUGAAAUUAUCUUCUUCCCUGAGAACAAAAGGAAUAAAUAAGCUUUAAAAAUCCAGUUUGCAAACUCUAGAGUAUUAAUUUAUGUCCAGUUUUAUUCUUCAGUCUUAUUAGGCUGUGUUCAGAUUUGGAUCAUUCUUAAAUAAGAGGUGGAAGGAACUUCAUUUCCGGUCAAAUGUACCAACUAAUUUAAUCUGACAGCAUUCACUUUAGAUAUCUAUAGAUAGAGUAAAUUGAUUGUAAUCAGAAAUAAUCUACUGGUGCUUCUGUCCAUUGUUUGGCCUUUCAUUGAUCUGCAUGUUUUUCAUCAUCAGACUUGUACAGGUACUUUAAUGGUGCUUGGUAUCUCUUCCAAAUCCUUUUACUUUAAUUCCCUAAUUCUUUGAAAAACUAGCACAUUAAGCUUCUUCCCUAAUCCCUUAUUAUAAGCCUGUAUAGUUUGGAUUUGACUUACCAGCAUGUAUGAUCUGAUCUUAGUGUCUAUCAGUCUGUUAUCAACACAUUAGCACCAUUCUAGAAUAAUAUUUGACUAAGUAUGUGCCUGUUUACUGAUGACCCAGUAUUGAAGAAAUCAGGGGCAGUGAGGAGACUGGUUUGGGGAAGGCUGCUACAUCUAUAUUUGUUCUGGUGUUUGUUAACUAAUACUAUUAAUCAAUUUUCAAGACGACAAAAUUUUUUAAAUGAACAUCUGUUUAAAAAUCAAAAGAACUACUUUUUCCUUUGAACACUUGAAAAAAUUAGCAUUAAUUGGAGAAAAUAAAAUUGAAUUCCAAGUGAUGUAGUUAUUUUCAGUUAACAAAUUAGAAAAGUGUUGUUUCACCAAUAUAGCUUAAAUUUAGCUAGACAUUCAGCACCUACAGUAUCCUAUAAGUAUCACUACAUGAAACCAAAGAGCAGCUGAACAUGUUUACAAAAGUCCAGGUUCAUCUUUAUGUGGGGGUCUGCUUUUAAUGUAUUUUUACAUAUGUAGUGAUCAUAUUAACACAAAUGAUCAUUGUCAUUUUCAAUCCAAUAUGCAAUGGUUACUUGAAUUUUGUUUCCACAAGGUAGCUGAUUUUGACCAUGUUUACAGCAUCACUUAUUAGACCAUCAAACAUUUGGAAUUUCUACACACUAAUCUCUAAAGCAGAUGUGUUAAGGGCUUAGUGUUAGGAUUUCUAAAUUGCUAGGACCUAAGAAUUGACAGUGUCCUGCAGAUUUCUACUGUUUACAUUUUUGCCUAGGCCACAGAAUAAAAUUCUGUACAUCAAAAUACAUGCAGAGCAUAUAACCUAUUAUUUAACUCUAAAGUGGUAUUAAAUUUAUGACAUUUUUGCGUUUUAGCCAGAAUAAGGACCAUAUCCAAUACUUCAUUAUGAUUUUAGAACAAUAUGUAAAAAUAAAAUCCGUAUGUUCCAUAUCUAGAUUAUGUAUUUUUCAACCUGAAUUCUAAAUGAGUUUUUAAAAGUCCAUAUUUUUCUAAUAACUUCAUCUUACAUUAUUAUAUUGUGUUGCAUAAAGAGGCAAAGAACUGUAUUUAAGUCUGUAUGGAUCAUACAGAGCCAUGAAAUAUGUCAAGUUUAUUAUAUUUGUAUAUGAUUGUAGAUGAGACUGUUCCUACUUAAAGGAAAACAUGGCCACUUGUAUUUUGAAAUGAUUUUUAAAAGAAAUGCUUUUAUAUAAACAGAUUUUAAAUACAUUUUGUUUUGGGUUUCUUCAUAUUUUUACUUGUAUCAUAAGUCAUGUGUAUAGUUUUUCACAAAUGUAACAUUGGACCAUUACUUAAUGUUGAAUAUUUGCAUUCAACUUCUUGAGCUGUUUAGACAUUAACAUGAAGUUAAAACAUUUUUAAGUUUCUUUUUUUUCUUCAAAAAAUGAUGUUCGAUAACUUUAUUAACUAAAUAAAGAUGAAAUCCAGAAAAUUAA